CCGUCACAAGCAGACUUCAGCUUCACUGAUUUUAGGGAAAUGACAAUUCUCUGUCCACAUUGACAAAGAGCUAUGAGGCAGAAGAUUAAUUCAUCGAUGCUUUUGUUUGGGCCAGUAUUUAGACGAAGUUGCUUGGGCUCAGUUAUUUGUCUGUUUUCACUACAUUCCUCCCAAACAAUACUUCUGAAUUAUUACAAAGAAUUACUGGCUCUAAAGGAUAAUGGAAAACCUGCACCACUCAAACAAGCUUUACAGAAUUGUAUCAGAGAGGUUUUUAAAGAUUUAAUGAAGAAAAAGAGACUAACAGAGCAGCAAUUGAAGAAAAUUGAUAUCAUCAUCAGCAAGGACAAUACUGAGCCAUUUCACAAAGGAAAUCUCUACUCUGUCUAUGGAUCUUUUAUUGGACUUCCAUCCUCUUUCUCAAGUUUAGAUUCAGAAACAUCUCAACAUUCUAAUGCAGAAAUCCCAGAUGGAGUUUCAAAUAGAAAAGUUUUACCCAAUAAUCUAGUUCAGUGGGACAAAUGUGCAGUAAGAUACGCUAUUAUGAAAGAAUGCAUUCUGACAGAUUCCCUUGAUCUUCAAGUACGCACAGCUUUGCAGGGGGUUUUCUGCUUUUUCUAUUCGUUAAUCCUACAGUGGAAUACCUACAGAUUUCGCAGAGUCCCUCAUAGAAUUAUGUACUCAAUAGUUUGGUCUGCACUGAUCGGAAUUGUGUUGUUACAACAGUGGAAUUUUUACAAGAUUUACAGAGACCAACAGGCGGACAAUGACAUUAUUACGUUUGGUGAGGAUUAUGUCCGAGGUGGACUUCUGUAUUAUUCAAAUGUCUUACAGCAGAACAAGUUAUCGGGGAGUGGAUGGUAUGAUGAAAAUGGAAACCAGAGACAAUCUCUUCUCGGUAAUAAACAAAUUCCUUACACAGAGAAGAAGGAGUUCUUUAUGAAAAAGAUGAAAGAAAUGAAAAACUGCACUUGAAUGUAUUUAAAGAAUUAGAAAAUUAUAAAAAAUAAAUUUUUAAAUGAUCU